GUCUGGCUAGUGAAAUGAGCAGCAGCUAGCAAGCAACUCCGCGACUGUAACCGGUAUGCGAUUCCCGAGAUAGCUCCCGCCGAGUAGAUCAUCAAAGCGUACCAGAAAGCCAAGCCGUUGAUAGUACACAGAGGAAGAAUAACAGUCUAGCAAAUGGACGAGGUUGUGGUAGUCCGUUCAUGGAGCCGCCAUUCCUACUCGUUAACCAGAUUGGGGAGGACGAUCGUUUAACGUUUAGGGCCGGUCUCGUUCCCAUAGCGCGCAACCUUGGCCGACAUUCCCACUCAUCCACCACAACCAUCUCGCUCGCUGCAAGUCCCAUUCCUUCGUAGGACGGCGGAAGGUAUAGGGUUAGUUGGAAGAGAGGGAAGAAGCGAGGUUAUCUGUAGUUGGCAGAAUGGCAUAUCAAUUCUCUAGGAAGGGGUGUUUCAAGUGUGGCAACCUCGGCCACAUUGCGGAGAACUGUACUUCGGAGCAGCGCCUUUGCUACAACUGCCGCCAACCUGGACAUGAGUCUGCGGCUUGCCCUUCGCCUCGCACCGUUGCUGCUAAGCAAUGUUAUUCUUGCGGUGGCGUUGGCCACAUUCAGGCAGAGUGUCCCAGCUUGAGGAUUCAAAGCUCUGGCCAGAAAUGCUACAAUUGCGGUCGCUUCGGACAUAUUGCACGUUCCUGCCCUAGUGCAGGAGGGACAAAUGGUUUUGCGUCCCGAGCGCCCCCUCCAGGAAGGUCUUUGAACACCUCGACUCUUCCUCCCGUGAAGUGCUAUCGUUGCGGAGGUCCCAACCAUAUGGCCAGGGACUGCCUGGCUCCUCCGGGCACGAACGUUGGCGAUGCUACUGGCGGCCCGCCCGUCAACGCCAACAAGAGUAAGACCUGCUAUAAGUGUCAGCAGGAGGGACAUAUUGCCAGGGAUUGCCCCGAGAACGCAGAAUAUGCCUCCUGAAGUCAUUCACGUGAAUAACGUACUGUGUCAGAGAGAGUAUGUUUGAUAAAACGACAUGUGUUACGAUUUCUCUUCUAUGAUCUGCUCUAUUUAUUCGCCGUUAUUUUGUGUAUGAGCAUUAUCAUCGUUUAUUCGAACUCCCGUUGACUGUCAUGCGCUGUGUGAAGUCCUUAAGUCUCUUGACAUAAAAGUAUGGGCUUCGUACAGUCAGAGUCACUUGGCAUUCG